AUGACAACUACGCCGGGGCAAGUGUUGCGCAGUGUGGGACCAAAACUCGUGCCAUUUUUAAAAAGCGUAUGUGUUUAUUUUAUAAUAUUGACCGAACAGCCAUGUCUAUUAACAGCGUGUUUCAAAUGUCUCCCCAUAAUUAGUCUAAUUAUCUUCGUACUUCUACAUGGUAUCAACUUAUCAAAAGAGUAUGCAUUUAACCGACGGAUAUUGAUAGGCCUAGUAUUUAGUUGUUUUGGUGAUGCACUCCUUGUCUGGCCUAAUUACUUUAUCCCAGGCAUGGGAAUGUUCGCAGUGGCUCAAGUUAUGUAUACAAGCGCAUUUGGACUCUGGCCGUUUAACGCUAAACUUGGAGCCUUUAUCUAUACAAUAUGCGCAAUAAUCAUUUAUACAUUAAUGCCCGGUUUAUAUGGCAUUUUAAAAAUUGGAGUUCCGCUUUAUACGUUAUUAUUGGGCACCAUGUCCUGGAGAGCUAUUGCAAGAGUCCAAUUUUUUGAGGAACAAUGGCCAUGGACCAAAUUAUCUAGCUGUAUUGGAAGUAUAUGCUUUGUGAUAUCGGAUACUUUAAUUGGAUUUCAUCACUUCUACAGUCCUAUCCCUUAUUCACAAAUUACGAUUAUGUUGACAUAUUAUAUUGCGCAACUUGGAAUAGCUUUGAGUGCAGUGGAAUCGUAAAUCAAUAAAGAAAAUGAUGCUAAACGAUUAUUUUCUAAUAUUAAUUAUCGACUGUAUAAUGAAA